GCGUUAUCAGCAGCAGCAGCAGCAUCGAUCGUUAUCAGGCCGCUCUUUGCUCCUUCUCCAGCCUCGCGCUGCCGGUCGCGCGGCAUUCCGUCGCUCGAUGCGCGACCCGAAGGUGGCUGGGGACGACGUAGCACCUGCGACUACACCGCGCUGCGCAUCAGCUCCGAUCUUUCCUGCACUCUCUUACACUCUCUCGCAACACCCCUGCGACGUCCGCCGUUCCCUCUUUCGCCAACGCGCGUCCGCCGCGUGUUUCAAGUGCAGAAAGUACGGGAAAGCGCCGCCGAAAGCGAUCAGAUCGAACGGAUCGUUGGACGGAUCCGUCGGAUUCCGUCGCGUUUGACAGACGCCGUUCCGCAAGACCGGACUCUCCCCGCCGCGAUGGACAUCGAUGCCGAAUCUUGUCUCAAGGACUGGGACGACCUAGCGCAGGACUACAAGGAGCUCGAGACACUAAAUAGAGAGUAUCUUGCAAAAUUGGAGGAAGUUGGUGAAUUGCAGGCAAAAUGUGUCAAAGGUCUUUCUCACCAGAGAUACCGUAUGGCUAUAAUAUCAAAGUCCUUGAAACACUUGAACACAAGAGACGCGCGAGAAAAAUUGGAGGAUUCAAUAACAAGGAGAGACCGACAGCUGUAUGAGAUAGAGCAAACCUUACCGAAACCGAAUGGCACGUACCUCAAAAUUAUCCUGGGAAAUGUCAAUGUGUCGAUAUUAAAUAAAAGCGAUAAAUUCAAGUACAAAGAUGAGUAUGAGAAGUUCAAACUUGUUCUAUCAGUAAUUGGAUUUGUACUAUCUGUAUUAAAUCUCUUUACUAAUAUAAGAACGUUAGAACUUAGUUUUAUGUUUCUUCUCGUUUGGUACUACUGUACGUUAACGAUAAGAGAAAGCAUACUGAAAGUUAAUGGAUCAAGGAUCAAGGGAUGGUGGAGAUUUCACCAUUUUCUUUCGACAGUAGUGUCCGGUGUCUUGCUAGUGUGGCCAAACACGGGACCGUGGUAUGAAUUUCGGAGUCAGUUUAUGUGGUUCAAUGUGUAUAUCAGUGUAGUUCAAUACUUGCAAUUUCGAUAUCAACGUGGUGUUCUUUACCGGUUGAAAGCAUUAGGCGAGAGAGACAACAUGGAUAUCACUAUCGAAGGAUUUCAUUCUUGGAUGUGGCGCGGUCUUUCUUUUUUGCUACCAUUUCUCUUCAUCGGUUAUACAUUUCAGUUGUACAACGCUUACGUAUUAUAUGAAUUGACAUAUCACACGGAGGCGACGUGGCACGUGUCCGUUCUCAGCGCCAUGUUUCUCAUACUCUUUCUGGGCAACAUCACCACCACCGUCAUGGUGAUCCCGCAGAAGCUCGUCAAGGAACGCGUCAAAGACCACCUGUUCGCGUCCAAGUCCGAUCGCAGGAGGGAUGGUACUGCGCGCAAUAAGGAGGAUAACAAAAGCGAUAAGAACGAGUGAGAAAAGAGAUACUUGAGUAUUUCCGGCUGACGAAUGACUUGACUCAAUUACGAGUAGCAGGAAAACAAAUCACAGAAACAGAGACUAUAUUUGUAAAAUGGUGUUGGCAUUAACAUGUAACAAACAAUAUUUUGCUCACUGUUGAGCGAAAGUGUAUUAAUCACAAACAUACAUACACAUACACACACACCGCACGAGUGACUUCAACACAAACGAUGGAUUUCGCAUAUCAUCGUCGACUUUGUUCUUGUAUAAAGUCCGCUGUCGAUUGUUCUCAAGAGAACAACUUUUUGCAACUCUUUCGGAAGCAGUUCUGGUGUAAAUGAAACCGAUCGUAAUAACAGAUUCCUCGGUAAUUCUGUCGAAACAAUUUUUUUAGAAAGACAAAUAUUGCACAAUAAGACUACUCUUCUGUUAUUUAAAAAAAAAAUUUAAAGAUACCUGUAAGUCUCGAAUAAAGAAACUAUUGAAACGAA